AGAUCAGUGAAGAUAUUUGAUGCUCAGAGAAUCGCAGACGCCUUCCUGUAAUCCUAUUCAUAAGAAACAGGAGGACGCGAUCAGUGUAUGCAUUCCUCAGCAUUCAAACGUCAUAUUCACUCCAAGCAUCAGUCGUUGGAUCAAAUGGACAAUGGAGACUGGGGAUACAUGAAGACUGACCCAGUCACACUCAAUGUCGGGGGCAAUGUAUACACGACAUCUCUGUCUACGCUGACCCGUUAUCCGGACUCCAUGUUGGGUGCCAUGUUCCGGGGCGACUUCCCCACCGCUAGAGACUCGCAGGGUAACUACUUCAUCGAUCGCGAUGGUUCCCUUUUCCGAUACAUUCUAAACUUUCUUCGGACAUCAGAACUAACUCUUCCCGUAGACUUUAAGGAAUAUGACCUGCUUCGGAAAGAAGUCGAUUUUUAUCAGAUCGAACCUUUAAUCCAAUUUCUGAACGAUCCCAAACCUUUGUACCCCACGGACACCUUUGAAGAAGUCGUUGAGCUGUCUAGUACGAGGAAACUGUCCAAGUACUCCAAUCCCGUCGCCGUCAUUAUUACCCAACUCACCAUCACGACCAAGGUGCAUGCGUUGCUGGAGGGGAUCGCCAACCACUUCACCAAGUGGAACAAGCACAUGAUGGACACUCGGGAUUGCCAAGUCUCCUUUACUUUUGGGCCUUGUGAUUACCACCAAGAGAUCUCCCUCAGAGUCCAUCUGAUGGAAUACAUCACUAAGCAAGGCUUUACAAUCCGCAAUACCCGGGUCCACCAUAUGAGCGAACGGGCCAACGAGAACACAGUGGAGCAUAACUGGACUUUCUGCCGACUAGCAAGAAAGACAGAUGACUGAUGGAGUUUGGACCAUUGCCUUUAAUGUAGGCAUUAAAUCGGAAUUCAUGUUCUCUACUAAACAAAGUGCUGUUGUGGGCACCCCACUGUAUUUAUUGAUAGCGACUAUGACUGAAUAGAACUAAUUUAACUCCUUAGACCUGUAGUCCGGCACGCAUGCAUGUGCCUGAAAAUGGAGGUCACCCUUCAGUAAUGUUCUCCAUGCUUUCACGUAGGCUUCCAAACCCUUAAUGUAACAUUGCUCUACUCUGUUCAUACCGAAUGCUGAUGUGUGUCUUGUAGGGUGACGCUUAAAGAUGGAAUUCUACAGGCAUAAAGUUGGACUUCUAAUCUCAAGUUGCCGAAGAACCAUGGCCAGUCUUCAGUUUGGUCGGUUAGUCCUAGACUUGAUGAUCUAUUCCAGGGGUCUCCAAACCUUAUAAAAAAAGGGCCAGUUUACUGUCCUUCAGACUUUAGGGGGGCUGGACUGUGGUCACUGGGAGUGGAAAAGGGCCGAAGGCAGCAGGGGAAAAAACAAUGCCCUAUCGUUGGUGUCAGCAGGAGGAAUUAUGUCAUCAUUGGUGUCAUUGGUCCCCGUUGUUAAUGGUAUUG